GAAAUCGGCGCGAACAUCGAUCGGAUAAAACUUAUCGAACCCUCGAUAUUCGAGGACGAUCGGUGCCGGAAGAGACGCGACAACAAUACGCCUUAUCAGAACGCAUCGCGUAUCACGGGCGAGCAGGUAACAGAUAUCGAAUCGAUAUGGUGUAUACCGCCAAUUUACACGAGUGUAGCAGCCGGGGCCCAAUAUCGCGGGCUGUAUCAUAGCGCGGCAACAGCACACGCGCAGAACCUUGGCGCGGUACAUUCCCUUAUCGGCAAAUCGCCAGCUAAUCAUCAUCAAUCACUAUCU